UAUGAGAUGGAGAGGAGAUCUAAGCAGCUCAUUCAGUUCAGCUGCAGACAAAAAGGAGACCACAAUGCCUAGAAACUAAAAACUGGAUUCUACCCUUUCAUUUGCUUCCUGCCUCUCUGGUCAGUCCUGGAUGGAUCUCUCAGAGAUGAAACAAGUUCCAGAUGCUCUGACCAAACGGUACUUUGGUAACUGAUGAAUACUUUAGUAUCCCAUACCAAAACUCCUUCUUACCUCUGAGGGACUCCUGGUACCACUGAAAGGUGGAGCCAAUCCUCAGUGCCACAAACUCAAGGAAUGAGGAACAGCUUUUAGUGGAUUUUUGUGUCCGUGCUCAGAACAAACAGUACCUCUUGAGGUAUCAAGACUCUAUUUUGGGAUAAAAGGUGAGGAGAAAAAACCCCGGAGAACAACAAUGCCUUUUGGUUUAGCAGGGUUGAAGGAGCAGGUGUUUAAACCAGGGAAGGAAGAGGUGAAGAACACAGUGGGAGACUCUCUGGGAAAACUGCAAAGGAAAAUAGAUGGCAGUAAUGUGGAAGAAGAGGGGAAUAUUGAGCUGACAGAGGAUGGGAGACCGGUGGCAUCAACGCCACGCCCCGCGCCACUGCUGGACUGCAGCUGUGGCGGCCUGCCUAAGCGUUAUAUCAUCGCCAUCCUCAGCGGCCUGGGUUUCUGCAUCUCCUUCGGCAUUCGAUGCAAUCUUGGUGUGGCCAUCGUGGAGAUGGUUAACAACAACACCGUCUAUAUAAAUGGGACCCCGGUGCUUCAGAAAGCUCAGUUUAACUGGGACCCAGAGACGGUGGGGCUGAUCCACGGCUCCUUCUUCUGGGGCUACAUCGUCACUCAAAUCCCCGGUGGUUUCAUCUCCAACAAGCUGUCCGCCAACAGGGUGUUCGGAGCUGCCAUUUUCCUGACAUCACUGCUCAAUAUGUUCAUCCCAUCCGCAGCCAGAGUGCACUACGGCUGCGUCAUGUUUGUUCGCAUCCUUCAGGGCUUAGUGGAGGGUGUUACCUACCCAGCAUGUCAUGGGAUGUGGUCCAAAUGGGCGCCUCCUCUUGAACGAAGUCGACUGGCAACAACUUCAUUCUGUGGAUCCUAUGCAGGAGCAGUGAUCGCCAUGCCUUUAGCCGGAGUGCUCGUUCAGUACGUCGGCUGGUCUUCGGUCUUCUAUGUUUAUGGUGUUUUUGGGAUAUUAUGGUACACGCUGUGGCUCCUGCUAGCUUAUGGAAGUCCUGCUGACCAUCCUACAAUCACAGACGAAGAGAGGACGUACAUAGAGUCCACCAUCGGUGAAACAAUGCACAAACUGAGUGUAACCGAGAAAUUCAAAACUCCGUGGCGUCGCUUCUUCACCUCCAUGCCUGUCUAUGCGAUCAUUGUGGCCAACUUCUGCCGGAGCUGGACCUUCUAUCUGCUUCUCAUCAGCCAGCCAGCGUAUUUUGAGGAAGUAUUUGGAUUCCCCAUCAGCAAGGUGGGGAUCCUGUCUGCUGUCCCCCACAUGGUGAUGACAAUCGUUGUUCCUAUUGGAGGGCAGCUGGCUGACUUCUUACGCAGCAACAAAAUCAUGUCUACCACUAACGUGCGGAAACUCAUGAACUGUGGAGGGUUCGGUAUGGAGGCUACUCUACUGUUGGUGGUCGGGUUUUCUCACACUCGAGGGGUCGCCAUCUCCUUCCUUGUGUUGGCUGUAGGCUUUAGUGGAUUUGCCAUCUCAGGUUUCAAUGUCAAUCAUCUGGAUAUUGCUCCUCGCUACGCCAGCAUCCUGAUGGGUAUUUCCAAUGGGGUGGGAACGCUGUCUGGAAUGGUGUGCCCGCUAAUUGUUGGCGCUAUGACUAAACACAAGACUCGUCUGGAGUGGCAGAAUGUCUUUGUUAUUGCGGCCAUGGUGCAUUACUCAGGGGUCAUCUUUUACGCUAUCUUCGCUUCAGGAGAGCAGCAGGAAUGGGCCAACCCCGAGAGCACAAGUGAGGAUAAAUGCGGCAUUAUUGAUGAGGACGAGCUGGCUGAGGAGUCAGAGCUCACUAGCGAGAACAUGGUGGCUCCCAAAAAGAGUUACGGAACAACAGACAAUUCGUCCGGUCGAAAACAGGGCUGGAAAAAGAAGAGAGGAGUUACCAUGCAAGAGGAGGAGGAGCAUUAUGAGAACGGGGACUACCAGGAGCGGUACCAGUGAGACAGCACGAGGGACAAAGGACUUAAAUUUUACAAAACUGAUCUGUGUCAGAAGCAGCAGCAUCAUAUGUACCUCAAGACACCAUCCUCUUUUUUUCAUCCUUGGUCAGCACAUCCAUUCAACUGUGAUAUAUGAAGAUUCAUUUAAAAAGAAAUUUGCAAACUGCUAAACUAAAACUUUUUUUUAAAUCACAAACCAGCUGAUACAAAAUGAACCAUCAAUAAAUAUCUGCUGAUAAAGUGACUCUGUCAUGACAUGUAUUGUAAAGUAAUAAGCUUAGUAAACCACAGGUCAAAAUCCAUCAAUCAACUAGUGCUGUGUUAAAGGAACAUUAAAUACACAUAUCAGCUUCUACCCCUCCUGCACCCUGUCCCAAUCCUUUUCAAGCAAAUCCAUCUGUGCAAACCAUGACUCAGCUUAUGUAGCUUACUUUGAUGUGUGAAGGGUUUUGUGUCAGCUAUGCAAUGUGAAAAGAGGCGCACUGCCAGAAUGUAUCGAUGGGUUUGACAGAAGAUCAUAGUUAAUGUACUGAGUCUUACUGUUUUUGUUGCUUGUAUGUAUUUGCUGUUGCUGAAUGACUGCACCCUGUCACCGCUUUAUUCACUCUCUUUGUCUGAACCAGUUUUAGUUCACCAUCUGUUUGUGAUGCACUAAUAUAUCAGCUUCAUUAUUUAUGGAGCUCUGAGCUCAUAAUGGGACAAAAUAGGUGGUGAGUUCAGUUUCGUGACAUUGUUCUUCUGAUGUUUUGGCUUUUCGCAGUUUCUCAGUGUUUGAUAAAUGGAGACCCAAGUUUGUUUCUAACAAUGUGCAGUAAGAAUUCACUUUAAUCCUAAAACUAUAUGGAAAAUUUGCUGUUCAUAAUUAUUACUCCUAAAAGAGAAAAAAAACCCUGUUUUGUAUAGUAAAUGAUUAUCUUAUUGUUUGAGAGAAUACACGUCAUUCACACACAAACAGACCUGAC